AUGACCAAGGAAGUCGCGGUCGUCAAGAAGACGACAACAGAGGAGGACGAGUACACCAUCAAGCCCCAGGCGACCACUCCCUCCCUCGACACCAGCCAGUGGCCUCUCCUCCUCCAGAACUACGACAAGCUCCUCGUCCGAACUGGCCACUUCACUCCCAUCCCCAAUGGCUGCUCUCCUCUGAAGCGCGACCUCAAGCAGUACAUCAGCUCUGGUGUCAUUAACCUCGACAAGCCUUCCAACCCUUCCUCUCACGAGGUCGUCGCUUGGGUCAAGCGCAUUCUUCGAUGUGAGAAGACUGGUCACAGUGGUACCCUCGACCCCAAGGUUACCGGUUGCUUGAUUGUCUGCAUUGACCGCGCCACUCGUCUUGUCAAGUCUCAGCAGGGUGCCGGAAAGGAGUAUGUGGCUGUCAUCCGCCUCCACGACAAGCUGCCCGGUGGUCAGGCUCAGUUCGCCCGCGCUCUCGAGACCCUCACCGGUGCGCUCUUCCAGCGUCCUCCUUUGAUCUCUGCCGUCAAGCGUCAGCUCCGUAUCCGAACCAUUCAUGAGAGCAAGCUCAUCGAGUUCGACAACGACCGUCACCUCGGUGUCUUCUGGGUCAGCUGUGAGGCUGGUACCUACAUCCGAACACUCUGUGUUCAUUUGGGUCUCCUCCUCGGUGUCGGUGGCCACAUGCAGGAGCUUCGACGUGUCCGCAGUGGUGCCAUGGACGAGUCCAAGGGCCUUGUCACCCUCCACGACGUCCUUGACGCUCAGUGGCAGAUGGACAACACCCGCGACGAGUCUUACCUCCGCAAGGUCAUCUCUCCUCUUGAGACUCUCCUGACCUCUUACAAGCGUCUGGUCGUCAAGGACAGCGCCGUUAACGCUGUCUGCUACGGUGCCAAGCUCAUGCUUCCCGGUCUCCUGCGAUACGAGUCCGCCAUUGAGCACCACGAGGAGGUUGUCCUCAUGACCACCAAGGGUGAGGCCAUUGCUCUGGGUAUUGCUCAGAUGUCUACCGUCGAGAUGUCCACCUGCGACCACGGCGUUGUUGCCAAGGUCAAGCGUUGCAUCAUGGAGCGUGACCUUUACCCCCGCCGAUGGGGACUCGGCCCCGUUGCUCUUGAGAAGAAGAAGCUCAAGGCUGAUGGCAAGCUCGACAAGUUCGGCCGCCCCAACGAUGCCACUCCCGCCAAGUGGAGCUCCGAGUACAAGGACUUCGGCGCCCCUGCCCCCGACGCCUCUGUCGCCGCCGCUGCUGCCACUCCCGCCACUCCCGCCAAGGCUUCCUCCGCUGAGGAUACCCCUAUGGAGGAGGCUGCUGCCUCUUCGCCUGCUGCCGCCGAUGACAGCAAGGACAAGAAGCGCAAGAAGCACGAUGGCGAGACUGCCGAGGAGAAGGCUGAGCGAAAGCGACGCAAGGCCGAGAAGAAGGCGGCCAAGGCUGCUAAGAAGGCUUCAAAGGGCGGGGCUAUGGACAGCGAUAGCGACUAA